AUGAGCCAUCACAGUAUUGCUCCAUACAAUUUCUUUAAGGGUCAUCCUACGGUGACCCUUCUUCCAACUAGAGAGAUCAUGGAUGCCACCAUGCACAUUCUCAAGAGAUUUGACCAUACUAUGGAUACCUAUGAUGGUCUAAAAAACACUCAUCCUCUUGAUUAUGGUACGGAUCCGGGAAAUUUCGAGGUGAGAUCUCUCAUCGCAAGUUGGAAUGACAACAAUUUCCAUGUGACUACACCUUCUAAUCCGGAUUGCAUCAACCUUACAGCCGGUGCUUCAUUCGGUCUAGUCAAUUUACUUCAGCAGGCUACCAGUCCUCACAAUGGUGUCACUCGCCGGGCUUUUUUCCCCAGUCCCACUUACUUCUUGAUCAAUUCUAUAUUUAUAGACGGUGGAUUUGGCGGGAAACUUAGUGCUAUCUUGGAAAAAGACGAUGGUCAGAUCGAUCUCGACAACUUGGAAAAGAAGAUACAGUACUAUGAGCUCUUUGAUCCUAAGCCCGAAUUGGCAAUUACAAAGGAUGAUAUUCGAGAGAUUUAUGACCCUUCUAGACCAAUGAAAAAGAUAUAUCGUUAUCUGUUAUAUCUAGUUCCUACUUUCUCCAAUCCUAAAGGUGGUUCUCUUACCAUUGAAAACAGGCUGGCUUUGAUUGAGUUAGCCAGAAAAUACAAUAUGCUUAUUGUUUGCGAUGAUGUCUACGAUUUGCUAGAUUAUCGUGAGGGUGCAGAACCAAAAUACUAUAAAAGAAUGGUGUAUCUUGAUAGAGAAACUCUUCCCGAGGGAGAAGAAUACGGUAACGUCGUCUCCAAUGCCACCUUUUCCAAAUUACUAGGACCCGGACUUCGUGCAGGGUAUCAAGAGACUGCAACUCCGAAAUUGGCUUACCUACUUUCUCAAGGAGGUGCCAUAAUGUCAGGUGGAAGUCCAGCUCAGUUAAAUACUAUUAUUAUUGGUGAACUUAUUAAGACAGGCGUUAUUGAUAGAGUGAUUGCCGAUUUGGUCAAGGUGUAUUCUAUCAGGGCGAAGGUAUUGAAAAAUAGUAUACGGAAAUACCUUCCGGAGGGUACCAAGUUCACAUUUUUUGAUGGAGGUUACUUUGGAUGGGUCACCUUGCCUGAUGGCUAUGAUUUAAAGAUGAUCUCUGAAGAAUGCACUAAGAGAGGUGUCAUCUUGGCAACAGGUGAUAAUUUUGAGGUCAGUGGAGACUUUAAAGGCUGGGGAGAGCAUGCUGUCAGAUUGUCUUUGAGCUUCAUGACUUCUGAUGAGUUAGAGAAGGGGAUAAAGAUAUGGGGCGAAGUGUGCACGGAGUUUCACCAAUAA